AUGGAGCAAGAGGUCUCGGAGCCCGAUCAGUUCUGGAAUGAACUCGAUGCGAUCGUCUCUAAGCCUGCCGACUCGGAAGACCUUAUCGAUGAUGUUUUGAGAGCUUAUUUAGGCUUUACGACUCAAUACAAAGAUGAAUUUCUAUUGUCAGAGUGGGAUAUCUCGCAAUGCUCGUAUAAACUUUUUGCGUCAAGCAUCUUUGGCGAAAAUGUUGAUUAUGUUCGUCGACAGAUCAUCUACGGUCUCUUGCAGGAAGAUGACCCAGACACCCUUCACCUAAUUACGUCGUUUCUACUCUUCGAUGGUCGACAGAAUGAAGUGUCGCUGCAGAUGAUGAAUGAGGAGGGUGUUUUCGCCAGACUAUUGGAACUUAUCCAGGCGCGAAGGAGGGAGGAUAUGGACAGCGAGGCGGGUCUGCACCGGCUUUUGAUGGAUCUUUUAUAUGAGAUGUCAAGAGUCCAGCGCGUCAGGAUUGAAGACUUGGUGCUCGUGGAUGACGACUUCAUUCGGUGUCUUUUUGACAUUAUCGAGGAUUUAUCAUAUGAUGUCACGGAUCCAUAUCAUUAUCCAGUCAUUCGAGUCUUGCUUGUCCUUAAUGAACAAUUCAUGAUCUCCGCUCAUGAUCCGGUGGAUGGGCCGUCUUCGUCGAGCAAGUUGACCAACAAGGUUAUCAAGGUUCUGUCUAUGUAUGGCGGUUUGUACAAGACAUUUGGGGAAAACAUUAUUCUGCUUAUUAACCGCGAAGCCGAAACAUCACUGCAGUUGCUCACACUAAAGCUGCUUUAUCUGAUUUUUACCACCCCGAACACUUAUGAGUACUUUUUCACCAACGACCUCCAUGUUCUGGUAGAUAUUUUGAUCCGGAAUCUGCUCGAUCUUCCUGAGGAAGCAGCAGCACUUCGGCAUACCUAUUUGCGUGUCUUAUAUCCGCUUCUAGCACAUACUCAGCUAAGACAGCCACCACACUACAAGCGUGACGAGCUUAGGAAGGUGCUCAGCCUCCUAGUUCGGGGCCAAGUAUCUUAUGGAAAUGAUACUGAGCAGGCGAAGAUCCUUCAUUUUGAGGAAGUUGACGAGACUACGCGGAGACUUGUCGCUCGAUGUGCGACGGUGGAUUGGCUGCGCAAUGUCGAACCCGACAUUAAUGCUGCGCAAGAUACCCCCACUCAACUUGCAGUUACGGCUAGUAUCGAUACAGUACUGGAAGACAAUGUUCCGCAGGAUUCGCCAAUUGAUAUCGGAGAUCCGCUUGACAUGACCCGUUCACUGUCCCGUGCCAGCACCAUCCCCGAUUCCCCAGGGGCAGUAUCGCCAACGAGAAUUGACUCCCGUGGCUCAUCCGAGGCGCCGGAAUCCCGUCGAAAGCUUAGCGCGGUUGCACGGUUGGGAAUGAAUCUCGAGCCAGCCAGCUCUUCCUCUCUAAGCGUACAAGCUGUAGCAGCCCUGCACGAGAAACCAGGUAUCAUGACACCCAGCCGCAAAGACGGACCUGCAGCUCGACCACCAAAGAUCAAGCCCGAACCACCAAAGUCCCGCCGCUGGCGUGGCCGUCGCCUUGGUGCAGACGAAGAAGAUCAGCAGCACUCGGUCGACACAAGCAGUGAGCGUAAUAGCAACAGCAACUCCACGAUCCCCGAAGGGGUGGAGGUCAGCCCUACAGCUUACACUGCUCCAACUACACCCUCCCACACUGGCCAUCACAUUGAUCGCCGAAACUCCACCACAACGUCCCAUCUCGUGCCCCCAGGACACCCUCACAUACGCCGCUCCGCAUCAAACCCACCCCCGGCUGUGCCCCCGCCCCGUCGCUCCGCAAACAGCACACCAUCUACUAGUCAACACCGCCCUUCUCCACCCCCAGGGACAGCGGUACCAGCACCAUCUCCCGCACCAUUAGCAGUCGGCAAGCACGGCGCAAAACCCCUCCCGCCAAAAGCUCGCCGCUGGGGCCGUGGCAAAACGCAUAUGCCCACUGACUCCGUCGAGAGCGGGACUAGCACUGGUAGUCUACCCAAGGAUGACGGUGAAGCCUGCAUCAUCACAGAGACUACUCUACCCCCGACGUUGAAGACAGAGACAGAGCUAGAGCCACGGCUACAGGACCAUAGCCACCCUGUAUUAUCUGAUGGUAAUGGUGACCGUGAUCCCUUCUCCCCCACAUCACCGACAUCACCCACAAUACUUCUUUCUCCCACUUCUCCCACCGCUGAAUUUGACCCGCGAGUCGGCGAUGAACAAGGAAUCGGGAGUAAUGGGUCUGCUGCGCCUGUGAGUGUAGAAGAAGCGGUACAGAAUGUUUCGUUGCAUUAG